AUGGCUGAAGACAGCUUGUUAAAUAAUUGUUUUAUCAUCGCCUUCACCAUCUCGAUGCUCAUUAAUCUAUUCGGCAACAUACUCGUCUGCUUUGUGGUGCUGAAGUUUCGAGACAUGCGCAUUCCAAUGAAUUACCUUCUUGUAAAUCUUGCAAUCAGUGAUAUGAUGGUUGGUUUCUUUAUGUCCCCGAGGUUCAUCUUCGGCCGGAUGUUGAAUCACCCCGGGGGAACUCUUGGCGACUACUUUUGCAAAAUCUUAACUGGGGAUUCCUUCACCUGGACAGGAGCGUUGGCUUCAGAUGUCACUCUGGUCUGUAUUGCAGUUGAGCGAUAUCUCUCAAUCCGCUUUCCUCAUAGCAAUAAGAAGAGGCUGACGACUAAGAAGCUUAAAUACGUCAUACCACUUUGCUGGACCUUUGCCCUCGGGGUCAACCUACCACCUUUUUUCUAUCUCAAAUACGACAAGAACUCUGGAAGCUGUGUGCCAUUUUGGCCGACGCCAAACUUCAUAAAAUACCACAGUGUCAUUAACACCCACAUAUUCUUUGUUUUUCCUGUACUGAUAAUGGGGGUGCUCUACACUCUUCUCAUUUAUCAACUCUGGUUUAAAAAGAAAACUUCGACCUCGUCUGUGGCUCAACGAGCAGUACUCAAGCACCGACGUCACUCCACCAAGAUGGUGAUUACAGUAAGUUUGAUCUACUGCAUUUGCUGGUUUCCAAACUGUUUUGUUUACAUCUACGUGGCUUACUCAACCAAGCAGUUGUUCGGUGUGAUUCACACAGCAUCGGUUCUGAUGGUUUCUCUAAACUCCGCCGUCAAUCCGGUGAUUUACAGCUUGCAGAGUCAUCGAUUCCGUCGCCACAUGGCAGCGUUGUGGAAAAGAUGCCAUUGCAACAAAGUUUAUAUUCUUGACAAUGGUGGAGAAUCAAACGCUGUUCAAACGUCUUAG